CUCUGCAGAUGGUGCAGAAGUACAUCUCAUGGGAGUCCCGUGACGGUACCCAAAGACUCGGCAUCAUGACCAUCUGUCUCGCCCACUAGCGCCGCCAGACGAUACAGCCAAGGCACGAACACAUCCAACGCGUGUCAAAUCAUCCCCGCGGAGAAGAAUGACCUGCCAUCGUGAAUUACGUGUAGUAUCAACCGUUGGGCGCUGAGCCCCGGGACCAUGUGGAGUGUCCGUGAAGGGAUAGACGCGGGAGCGAGUGUGAAGUGUGUACCUCUUGAAUGUGAAGUGACACCAAAAAGAGGGACCGCCGCCUUACGCAACUCCCUACCACCCCAAGCCCGAAAACUCCGCCCCAGCGCGACCUUGCGCCGCUCCCGGGAUCCAUCCUCGUUGCGAAGCUUUUGUCUCUCCAAGUCACAGUCAUGCCUUGAUCACUCCCCCCCCAGCUUGGACUGGUUCCCCUGCGAACCUGUUCAGACGACCGGUUUACUUAAGGCUGGUGUUUCCCAGUCUCCCUUACCGUUUGUUUUUUUGGAUAUAUCCUGUUCAUCAACAACUCGCCACUUAUACCCAAGCAUCGAGAAGCGAAUACGAAACCACUUACACACCAACACCACCACAACAACACAUCACCAACACCACAACAUCGUCACCAAACACAACCAAACACAAAUGUCAGCACAAGACUACUACGGCGGCACCCGCCAAAACACCCACACACCAGGCGGCUCCUCCUCCCGCCACCUCUCCGCAGGCCCCCUCAUAGACAGCGCAGGCUACCGCCCCCGCUCCGCAAACUCAGAACGUCCUCGCUCCUCAUUCUCCUCUCUCGGCCUCCCGGGCUCCUCCUCCCACCACCGCUCCCGAUCCUCCGGUCCACCAGGCUACGACGCCCAACUCGGCACAGGCCAAGAAGGCGAACGCGGCCUCGUCUCCACCAUCGGCGGCGGCGCGGCGGGAGGCUACGCAGGCAAGAAACUCCUGGGGGGCAAACUCGGCGCCGUGGCGGGUGCCCUGGGCGGUGCCGUGGUCGCGAAUAAGUUGGAACAUAGGUUGAGUGGAAGCCACCACUCCAGCAGCAGCCAUCACGGGCAUCACGGGCAUCACGGACACCACCACCCGCCGCCUCCUCCCCCGCCGCCUCAUCACUACGGAGGUCAUCACCACCACCACGGCGGACCUCCCCCGCCACCCUACGGAGGUCACCACUACGGCCCGCCGCACCACGGUCCCCCGCACCACGGCGGAAGCCACCACUCUUCCGGUGGGUUCGGCGGCCUGGUCGGUUCGUUGAUGGGACGUGAGAAGCAUGGACACCACGGCGGGCCUCCUCAUCACGGGGGUGGCCACCACGGUCACCACGGGCAUCAUGGCCACCAUGGAGGCUGGUAGAGAGACCAACAUGGAUGAUGACUAUUUCGAUCACGACUGGCGUUUUGAGGGGUUGUGGGAUUUUUACUCGUAAUGACGUUACUGUCUAUUAUAUACCUGCACCGGCUACUGCAUUAGAGACAAGGGAUGGACGUCUUGACAUGGGACUAUGAGAGGAUAUUGCAUCACACGGAGGGCUUCAUUGGGCCUACUCAGAUACUUUUUUAGGCGUCUCACGACGCGUGUAAAUCAACUUGUAUAAACCAAAUAGGUUGCUUUCAUUUUGCAUGGUGGCCAAAGGGUCACCAUCCUAUGCGUGUGUGAUGCUACUCGUGGCCUCAGCCAUGCAAUGCAUAUAAUAUCCUAAA